UCUCAGCAUGUCUCGCACACCCCCAACAAACCCUUAAUUUUUAUUAUCAGAAAGAAGUAAAAAUCAAACUGGCCCAUGUAGAAGACGAUGAGGUAUGAAAAAUGGAUUUCGUAGAAAGUCGUCCUGGUCAUGUAAUAGUUUAGUCCGCAUCGGAUCUGAAAGUGAUGAUAGAGCUGGCUUAUAAAAUAGCAAAACAGUUGACUCUGCACCUACUUCCCCGAAGCACUACUAGUACCCCUACCGGUAGUGCAAUUACAAAACAUCAAACCCCAACUACACUUCAAUUCACCAUUACUCUCUCCCUCAUUCCUCUCACCAUGUUCCUUCUCAAGACUUGGAGAUCAACAGCUUUUGGCUUAUAUGGGUAUCUCAACUUCACCAAGUCUAGCUUUUUGGAACACUCAAAGAAGUUCAAAGCAGAAGACAUGCAAAUUAAAAUAGAAGGAAAAAAUUGCAUAGUCACAGGAGCAAAUUCAGGCAUUGGUUAUGCAACUGCUGAGGGCCUUGCUUCACGUGGAGCUACUGUCUACAUGGUUUGCCGUAGUAAGGAAAGGGGAGAAGCUGCUCUUUCUGAAAUUCAGUUAGCAACCGGGAACAAAAAUGUUUACUUAGAGGUGUGUGAUCUUUCUUCUCUCAGGGACAUCAAGGCACUUGGUUCCAGAUUGUCUGAGAAAGAUAUUCCUGUUCAUGUGCUGGUCAAUAAUGCUGGUGUACUAGAGCAUAACCGUACCACAACUUCAGAAGGAUACGAACUGAACUUUGCUGUAAAUGUUCUUGGCACCUAUACCAUGACAGAAUCAUUGUUGCCCCUUUUGGAAAAGGCUGCACCAGAUUCUCGUGUUAUUACAGUCUCUUCCGGAGGAAUGUAUGCUGUACCCCUGACCAAUGAUAUGCAGUUUAAUGACGGCAAAUUUACUGGGACGGAACAGUAUUCUAGAAAUAAACGGGUUCAGGUAGCAUUGACUGAAAAAUGGUCUGAAAUGUAUGGCCAGAAGGGGAUUGGAUUUUAUUCAAUGCACCCUGGUUGGGCAGAGACCCCUGGAGUGGCCAAAAGUUUGCCGGGUUUCGCUAAAUCAUUUGAAGGAAAAUUAAGAACAAGGGAGGAAGGAGCAGACACUGUUAUCUGGCUAGCUUUACAGCCUAAAGAAAAGUUGGUGCCUGGAGCAUUCUAUUUUGAUAGAGCUGAAGCACCAAAACAUCUAUUAUCCACAGUUACAGGCUCCCAUUCUGCAAUAGACUCCAUGCUUGAAGAACUUCGUUCCAUGUCCGGUAUUUCAUCAUGAAUGUAAACACCUGAUCAUACAUUACAGUGCGGGUACUGUGCUUGCAUUAUCUUUGCCAACUUGAUGUUCAAGGUGUGCAAGGUCUAUAGUAUUCAAAAUUAAGCUCAAAAUUAUUAAUUAAGUACAAGCUUUGUAAUAUAGGUGCCUAGCCUUCUGUGAUCGAAGGAAAAACACCCGUUUUUCCGGUUGCCAACUGAAAGUGUUAUUUUUACCAAAGGUCUCUUUGCCUAAUGAUAUCGACCUCAUUCCCUUGCUUCACGGGAACAAAGUGGGUGCGUGUCAUUGUCUGUGUGUUGGGCAUUUCUUUGCACCCCUAGACCUUUUCUGAAAUGUGUAAACUACUAUAAAAUUAUGUAUAAUCAGUAGAUAUUGUUACGAUGCUUUAA